AUGAGAAAGCUCAGCAAAACUUCAAUGCUUUGUGCAUUUAUCAUAGCCACGUUGGUGGCUUUUGCCAAUGCCCGUAAAGUAACAAAACUUCAUUUUUACGUUCAAGACUUAUUAGGUGGCCCCAAUCAAUCUGUUUGGGAAGUGGCAAGAGCCAAUAUCACUUCCACUUCCCCGACAUCAUUUGGUCUGGUUAGAGUUGCGGAUGACCUAAUAACAGCUAAGCCCGAAGCCAAUUCAACGAAACUGGGACGGCUUCAGGGCCUCGUUACUUUCGCGAACUUCAAAGAAUUGGCACCGAUUAUGAACCUCAUUGUGGUAUUCACAUCUGGUACUUACAGCGGAAGCACACUGUGUUUGGUGGGAAGAAAUUCCAUUUCGGAUCAAUAA